AUGGCAGCAUACGAAGCAUGCACUGAUUUCAUAAACAAUGAUGACAUCACCUCCUUCCUAUGUUUCAUGGAUUUGGUCAUCUACAGUCCUGAAGACGCGAAAGAGCUCCAAAAGCGAGGUGUACUACAAAAUAAUCUAGGCAGUGAACAACAUGUAGCUGAGCUUUUCAAUGAAGUGGGCUCAGACUUGAUACCAAACCCUAAUGAGUUUGAACAAGUUAAGCACGACAUUCAGAAGUAUUUCAACAACAGAACAAGUACCUCCUCUGGAGCUAAAGCAAUACCUCAAAUGCAGAAGGUUCCAAAAAUUAUGAGAGAGAAUGAAAAGAACAAGAAUAACUAUGAUCCAACAUUGGUCUCUAUUGGCCCAUACCACUACGGCAACCCAAAGCUUGAGCUGGGGCAGAACCUCAAGACUAGACUAGUCCAAGAGUUCAAUAUGCCCACUGAUGAAGCAUUCAAAAGCUUGAUGUUCUUGGAUGGUUGCUUUGUGGUGUAUUUCAUUCACUGCAUUGUGAAUAAGUCUGGCAAAAAGGAUGUGAAUGAGAUGAAGAAUUACCACAAAGCAAUCAUAACAAUGGACUUGUUCUUACUUGAGAAUCAACUCCCAUAUAUAGUUCUCCGAGCAUUGAAGGUUGUAGAUAGUUUGUGUAGCAAACCAAAGAAUACCACGAGCAAAUCGGAAGGCUCUUCUUCUCCCCUUCAUCUUCUCGACUUUCUCUGGACUGAAUCCCUUGGCUCUGCAUCACCAUCACCUAGUGAUCAGUCUCCACAAAAAUCUGAAGUUGGCAGCACCGAAUGGAAGUCGUUCCGUUCAGUCGAAGAGCUCAAAGUUGCAGGGAUCAAUUGCAUGACCAAUGGCUAUGGACUCCUAUUUCUUCCUGCCAUUGUCAUUGAUGACUCCUUCAAGACUAAGUGGUUAAACAUUGCAGCCUACGAAGCAUGCCCUGAUUUCAUCAACGAUGGUGACAUAACCUCCUUCUUAUGUUUCAUGGAUUCGCUCAUCGAUGGUCCUCAAGAUGUGAAAGUGUUCCGACAGAAAGGUGUACUCCAAAAUUUACUUGGGAGUGACCAACAUGUAGCUGAUCUUUUCAAUGAAUUGGCCUCUGAAUUGACACCCAAACCUGAUGAGGAUCGACAAGUUAAGCACAACAUUCAGAGACAUUUCAACAAGACAAGGGCAGUAUGGUUAGCUGAAGUACUGCACACACAUUUCAUUAGUCCUUGGGCUGUGCUUGUGUUACGUGCACACAAGGGGUGA